AUGAGUAGUUCAGGAGAUCGUUUUACAGAUAUUGAACUAGAAAAUAAACGUUUACCAGCAUGUUUUGGUUACAUUACUUGGAAAUUAUUAUCUCUCGAGGAUACGAUGAAAGAAUUACAAGAUAUUUUACAAGAAAUAAAUCGUUUUGUUAAAUUAGCUAAAAAAUAUUGUACAUAUCCAAAUGAUCAUAAUUUAACAAAAGAUGAAUCUGCUGCAAUUUAUAUUUAUACAAUGGAAAUGUCCGAUAAUUCAAGUGUUUAUCGUAUGUUAAAUCAAACACUUCGGGCAGAUGACCGAUCAAAAGUUCGUCCAUGGUUUGGAUACUUAAGACUUUUAGAUUCUGCAACAUCGAAACUACCCAAAUUUAAAGGAAUUAUUUAUCGUGGAAUUGAUAAAGAUGUUACUAUGAAUUUUAAAAAAGGUCAAAAAAUUACUUGGUGGAGUAUAAGUUCAUGUACAACAUCUGUUGAUGUUAUUUCUUCGUUUCUUCAUAAAUCUUCUUCAAGUACAUUAUUUAAUAUUGAAUGCUUAAACGGAAAAUCUGUUUCAUCAUAUACAUGUUAUCCAAAUGAAAAUGAAGUUAUUUUAAUGCCUGGAACAAUGUUUGAAGUUGUCGCAAAUCCAUUGAAACAUCAUGGUGGAUUAAAUAUUAUUCAUUUAAAAGAAAUUAGCGAUGAUGAUGAUGAUGAUGAUGAUGAUGAUGAUGAACCACCAAAUCCAAAUUCUUAUCAACCUAAGCAUUCUACAGCUAGCAUAGCGACUAUAUUAAAGAAUCCAGUAACACCAAAUGAAAUAUCAACUCAAUCUCAAACAAAACAAAAACAAAUUCAAUCAAAAAAGAAUAAAUAUCAACAAUCUGCAAUUACUGUUGCUGGAGGAAAUGGACAAGGACAGGAAUUAAAUCAACUUUCUUGUCCUUAUGGGUUUUUUAUUGAUAAUGACAAAUCAAUUUAUAUUGCUGAUUGGUAUAGUGAUCGUAUUGUUAAAUGGGAAUUGAAUUCAAAUACCGGUCAAGUUAUUGCAGGUGGAAAUGGAAAUCAAAAUAAUCAAUUGAAUGAGCCAAGUGAUAUCAUUUUUGAUAAAAAAAAUAAUUCUUUUAUUAUUUCUGAUACUGGAAACAAACGAGUAAUUCGAUAUUUUGAUAAAAAUCAAACAAAUCAACAAAUUCUUAUUUCAAAUAUUGUUUGUUGGGGUCUGACAAUCGAUAAAAAUGGAUUUAUUUAUGUUUCUGAUGAUGAGAAACAUGAAGUAAGACGAUGGAAACAAGGAGAUAUAAAAGGUGAAUUAGUUGCAGGUGGAAAUGGUCUAGGAAAUCGUCUUAAUCAACUCAAUCACCCUACUUUUAUCUUUAUUGAUGAAGAUUAUUCUCUUCAUAUAUCUGAUCGUGACAAUCAUCGUGUAAUGAAAUGGAAAAAAGAUGCAAAAGAAGGGAUUAUUGUUGCUGGUGGAAAUGGUAAAGGAAAUAGUCUCAAACAAUUGAACUGGCCUCAAGGAGUCUUUGUUGAUCAUUUGGGUCAAAUCUAUGUGGCAGAUUACUGGAAUAAUCGAAUAAUGCGUUGGUGUGAAGGAGAUAAAGAAGGUGAAAUUGUUGUUGGAGGAAAUGGUGAAGGAAGUCAAUCAAAUCAAUUGAAUUGUCCCAAUGGUUUAUCAUUUGAUAAUGAAGAAAAUCUUUAUGUUGCUGAUCUUAAAAAUCAACGAAUCCAAAAAUAUGAAAAAAUUUUAAAUUAA